GUCUGUCCAAAUCCGAAUGCAGAACGGACAGCUGAAGGCUUCGAAUUCCAAAUGUUUUGCCCCCAAACCAAAGGCUCCCAAGGCAACCUUGAGAUUCGUCACUUGGCUUGGAGGUUGCGGAGCGCGCGUGGAAGGCAAAGGAAAGGCGCGGGGUUGUCAGUGGUAACGACAGGGAUUGCACCCACCGCCACAGCUGCGAAACAGGGGGUUGCUGGGCUGGAGAGUAUUACGUAACCCAGCCAGCCGGGUGCUUGGGGGGCUACGUGCCUGUGCCGCCCCGCCCUGGCCCGCCUUACCGCAGCUCUCGACAAGCAAGGAGCCUUGCCAAGGAUACCCAGAGCGACGACGACAGCUCCAGGAGAGCAUCAUCCGCCCACACCACCACCGGAUCACCAGGAAACAGUUAGAUCUGGAGGCAUCCUGCCAGUACAGGCAUCAUGUCGCAGUCACUUCGACCGUAUCUCCAGGCUGUCCGCAGCAGUCUGACCGCCGCCCUCUGCUUGUCCAACUUCGCGUCCCAAACCGCCGAAAGACACAAUGUUCCCGAAGUCGAGGCCCGAACAUCACCCGAGGUUCUCUUGACGCCCCUGACGAUUGCGCGCAACGAGAACGAGCGGGUACUCAUUGAGCCCAGCAUCAACAGUAUUCGUAUCAGCAUCAAGAUCAAGCAGGCCGACGAAAUUGAACACAUUCUUGUCCACAAGUUUACAAGAUUCUUGACGCAACGCGCCGAGUCAUUCUUUAUUUUGAGGAGGAAGCCCAUCAAGGGCUAUGACAUUUCAUUUUUGAUAACCAACUUCCACACGGAGGAAAUGCUCAAGCACAAGCUGGUUGAUUUCAUCAUCCAGUUUAUGGAGGAGGUUGACAAAGAGAUUUCAGAGAUGAAGCUGUUUUUGAAUGCGCGGGCUCGUUUUGUAGCGGAAUCUUUCCUCACUCCAUUCGACUGAGCGAACCCGCUUUUACACUACCUCACUUAAAUUAUUUUGCAUGCAAUUGAACAGCUUUCCCUGAUGUCGCUCCCCUUGUCGCUUUUAUGGCUUCAGACCAUCAUGCUUGGCGUUUCUGGAGAAAAGAAGGUUGUAAGCGAGCCAUUUCACGACUGUUACGAUCCACGACACUUGUCAUGGGUCCUUGCCGGUCUUUGGUCUAGAAAUAAAGCCUGGGUUCUACAGAAGUCUCUCCCAAUUUUCUCUGCGUUCCAUCAGCCCAAACUACCCCCGUUACGCCAUCCGCCGGCCGGGCCAGAUGACGGCUGUGUUGAUGGUCACACGACUGCGUACUUAUGUUAUCAGAGUUGGGUUAUUGCCUCGACUCUCGGCCACCAUUCAAAGCCCUCGACAUCCAAGGGUGUUGCAUGUUACCUUGUUCGGCGUGAAGUGUGGAUUGGUUGGAUCCGUGACCGCCUGGCCUUUGAUUCCGUCUGGAAUCCCGGUCCUGUGUCAAGAAUUUGGCAGGCGCGUUGCCAAUUCUUUUGUUCAGAUCGAGGCCAAGGACGUUUCAUCUGAAGAGAAAUCUGGUUCUUGCAGAGCACCUGGGAGUUCUAGGUGGGGAGAUAGCUCAAUCCUACUCUGCCG